AUGAUGAAAAGCUUCAAGAAACUAACAAGAGCAAAGUCUACUAGCUCAAAUAGCAAAAAGAAGGAUGCUUCAGUUAGUUCGGGAGGUGCAUCUUCAUCCAGUAGCAAAGACAAGAAGCCUACAAACUCAGAGAAGAAUUCCAGGGAUAAGGAAAAGGAAAAGGAUAAACGGAAGACUCCUACGACUCCCACAUUGCUCACUCCGAAGGUUCAGACUCCUAUUGCUGUAUCCAUAAGUCAACAGCAGACUGACCCUCCCAGUAGCAAUUCAAACGUGAAUGGCGUCCAAGUUGAUAUACAUGCGCCCAUUACUGAUCCACUAGAGGUGCCUCACAGUUUGCACUCUUUUGAGAACUAUCCAUCACCACAGCACCACACAGACAUUGAUUUAAUAAAGACUCCAAAGAGGCAUAACUCUUCCCGAUUUGAGCCAUCAAGUGGCACUGUGGAAUUUAAACGGCUUCCAACCUUUCAUGAGGUCCCCGUUGAAGAACGGUUGGAUCUUUUCAUUGAAAAAGUCGACCAAUGUAACGUCAUGUUCGACUUUAGUGAUCCAUCAUCUGAACUUACGAACAAGGAACUGAAAACCAUGACGUUGCAAGAGUUGACCAAUUUCAUUGCAUCUAACGAGUUUACUUACACUGAAGAAAUAUACCAGCAUGUGGUUACAAUGUUCAAGACCAAUAUUUUCCGACCUAUUCCUCCACCUGUAAAUCCCAUCGGAGACAUUUAUGAUCCGGAUGAAGAUGAACCCGUCUUUGAAUUGUCGUGGCCUCACAUGCAGGCGGUCUAUGAUUUUUUCCUCACUUUUGUCCAGUCUCCCGACUUCAACCACACCAUUGCCAAACAGUUCAUUGAUCAUAAAUUUGUUCUCACAAUGUUGGAAUUGUUCGACAGUGAAGAUCCAAAAGAAAGAGACUGCCUGAAAACUGUACUCCAUCGAAUUUAUGGUAAGUUUUUAUCAUUGCGAGCUUUUAUUCGCCGUUCUAUCAACAAUAUCUUUCUCCAAUUCAUCUAUGAGACUGGGCGAUUCAACGGUAUUCCUGAACUACUUGAAAUAUUAGGCUCAAUUAUCAACGGAUUUGCUCUUCCACUUAAAGAGGAACACAAGAAUUUUUUAUGUCGAAUCUUGAUUCCUUUGCAUAAGGCACGAUCACUUUCCCUAUAUCAUCCACAGUUAGCAUAUUGCGUUGUUCAAUUUAUUGAAAAAGAUGAGAAGCUCACGGAGGAUGUUGUGAAUGGCCUUCUUAAGUAUUGGCCCAAAGUCAAUUCUCCAAAGGAAGUUAUGUUUCUCAAUGAGAUUGAGGACAUUUUGGAGAUAAUGAAACCAUCCGAAUUCCUAAAGAUUGAUACUCCCCUAUUUGCCCAAUUGGCAAAGUGUAUCUCAUCCCCACAUUUCCAAGUCAGUGAGAAAGCACUAUGCUUUUGGAAUUCAGACAGAUUCUUAGGACUAAUUGCAGAAGACAAUGAAAACAUCCUGAGCAUUCUGUACCCUUCCCUGUAUGAGAUUAUCUCGCAGAACAUUCCCCAGGAUCAGGCCACUGCUAACUCUACUCCCACCACCAAUACAGUAGAGGUGGGGGACGACGCAGACGGCGAUGAACUACUGGAUAGUCAUUAUGAACAUGAGAGCAAUUCAUAUGUGAACCUUCAACACCAGCAAUUGAUUUCCCAGUUCCAAAAUCAGCAGAGCGAUGUUUCAGGAGGAAAUUGGAACAACACCAUUACUGCCUUGGCCCUCGGUGCCAUAAACUUUUUCAUGGAACUUAACCCUGAGUUAUAUCAGAAAUGUGCAACCUUGUACGAGGAACAAUCCCACGAGCGUAAGAAACAAGAUGCUCAGCGAGCAGCCAAGUGGGAGCAACUUGAAAAGUUGGCAGAAGAAAGGAAAGCAUCUUUGGACCAGAACGUUAGUUCUGCCGAUGGAAACGGACAGGGUAGGUAA